AUGUCUCGGAAUCGUCCUCGACCUCGCGACAAUGGUUUAGGGAACAACGAGGAAAUGGAGCUGUGGACUCGCAUAUGCCAGGACAUCCGCAAGUCAAAGGAGAAGUUCGACCAACAAGCUUCUCUAUCUGUGCAGAUCAAAACCCUGGUAGACAGGAUUACCCGUGAUGGCAGUAAGUGUGCCCUUUCAUUUCAUGCGCUAGCUCGAUCCAACUCAUCGAUUACCUCCCCCGCAUUGGAUUUCGCGAGAGUCUUCCAAUACAAGGCAGCUAAGAUUUCAUCCUCGAAAGGACCCACUAUGAACGACCACGACCAACUUGACGCAUGGCUGCGCCAAAGUCAGAAACUCAGUGAAGAGGAGCGGGCGAUCAUGCAGGAUGAGCCUUGCGACGUGAUCAAGAACCUCGAACUCCUCACCGCGCUUCGGAGAGCGUCCGAAGCCGAAGCCCCCCGGUCCGAUAUGGAUAGCUCAGCUGCCGACUCCCCAAGUGCCUCAGGCGCCGAUAAGUCGAAUCGCUCCAAGGGUGGGGUCCCGCGUAGCGCGAGCGUGUCAAGCACUCAAGCACGCGAGAGCCGCGGUGAGGGUGUGGCAGUCAAGAUCGAAGAAGGAAGCGAGGGAACCAAGGGAACUGCGGCCGAGCGAAGUGGGAUUCUCCAGGUUGGUGCACAGGUUGUAUUCAAGCACAAUAAGAAUAAGCAGGGUGUGGAGGGGGAGGGUAUUCAGUGUAUCAUCAAGAACAUCUCUGGCGAGGGACAUAAGAAACGAUGGUACGAGGUCCAAGACCCCGAGCCGAAUGAGAAUGGCGAGCAGGGUGCUGUCUACAAGACAACCGCAUCGUCUCUCAUUCCAAUCCCACCGAUGGGAUCCUCGAUGUCUGCUUUUCCAGUUGGCAAACAGGUCCUUGCCAGGUACCCUGAUACCACCACGUUCUACCGCGCGGAGGUGAUGGGGGCGAAGAAGGAGGCUUAUCGCCUCAAAUUUGAGGGAGAGGAAGAUGACAAGGAGAUGGAAGUUGACCGUCGCUACGUCUUGGACAUUCCAACCAAGUAG